AUGUUGGAUAUCCAUCAUCAUUCUCCACAACAAUAUGAAGCCACUCACCAACGAUUCCUCGCCAUGUCCAACGAGUUUGGUUGGGCCAGUGUAAAUUGGACUGAUUUCUUCAGCCAUCCAGAGCAUGUAUUACCCAAAGGCUUACUCUCUUGCUCGGAGGCUCUGCCUAUCACUCAAGAAGCACAAACAUGGUCUGUUCAUAUGGAUCAUGAUGAUGAUCACCAUUCUUGUUGCAACAACAACGGAACAACUUCUGCUGCUGCUUCCUACAAUCACACCUCAUCACAUUCUUCUUCAAGAAGAAAAUCUCUUGGCAUCAAACGAAGACCUUCUUGCAAUCCAACACAAGUUAUUUGCAUUUCGGAUGAUGAUGAUGUUGAAGAAAUAACCAAGGAUAGUGCAUUUACAAACUCAACAAACUCAACAAAUAUCACAAACAAAGUGUACAUUUCGAACCCUGUAUGUCCAUCACAAAAUAGUCAAAAAUCUUAUUGUGAUGACGAUGGUGAGGCAGAGUAUGAAUUUAAAGAAGAAGAAUCAGAGAUUGAAGAGGAUCUCAGUGACAAUAUUUAUGAAAUUGAAAAGAUUUUAAAAAAAAGAAUUCGAAAUUCAAAACCUGAAUAUUAUGUGAAAUGGGUUGGAUAUCCAAGUUCUGAAAAUAGUUGGGUCAAAAAGUGUGAUAUUUUCGAUGAGGAGUGUAUUAAGGAGUUUGAAAAAUCAUUUGAAAGCCAAUCUCAUCAUACAAAACAACAACCCAUUGACUUGUGUGAUGAUGUUGACAGCGAUAAUAGUAUUGAAUAUGAUGACGAAGAAAGUGAUGGUGAUGAUGACGAAGAAAGUGAUGAAGAAGACAAAGCUAAUGAUUUCUUAUUAAGUGAUGAUGAUGAUGAUGACGAUGAUGACAAUAUAUUCUCUACUGCUGGAAAGAAAACAACCUCUCGUGAGACUCCAAAACUUCAUGCUGCUCUUGACUUUGACAGCACUACUAAAAGAUCCAAAUCUCAAAAAACUCUAAACCAAUCCAAAUACAUUGCUGAUCCUAAACAAUUUAAAAAGGUUCGAGGAGAACUUCUUCAAAAAUAUUAUGAUGAAAUUAAUUCGGUUUGUUUCAAAAACAAACUUCCUGCUCUUAAAUUAUCAGAAGGAAAAGCAAAAGAUCUCAAAGGAAAGCCUUAUUUAUUGUGGAAUCACCAUUUAAGGAAAACCGCUGGUUACUGUAAAUUAUUUACAUUGAAAAAAUCAAGGAAUGGUAAAUCCACACAAUUAGAAAAGGUAGUUGCGAUUGAAAUAUCGACCAAAGUUUGUAAUUGUGAAGAGAGAUUGGUUCACACGUUAGCUCAUGAAAUGUGUCAUGCUGCAAGUUUUUUAUUUGAUGGAGUCACAGGACAUGGAAAAACAUUUUAUUCGUAUGGAGAUUUAAUUAAGAAAUAUUAUCCUGAUAUUCCCAUUACGACAUGUCAUUCCUAUGCGAUUGAUUACAAGUAUCAAUGGCAAUGUGUAGAUUGUGGUUCCAUUAUAAAUAGACAUUCAAAGUCUAUAGAUGUCACUAAACAAUGUUGUGGAGUAUGUAAAGGAAGACUUCAAGAAAUUGGAAAGUCGUCCAACACAAAAAACAAUGCAUACAAUUCGUAUGUGAAAGAACAUUAUAAAAGAUUUAAGGAACACCAUCCUCAUCUCAAACAAGGUGAAAUUAUGAAACUCGUUGCUCAAUCCUACCGAGAACAAAGACAUGGUACUACUACUACUCAUGAUUAG